UCUCUUCUUCUCUCAUUUCAUCUUUCACCAAUCUCAUGGACUUCGAUUCCUCAGGCAAAAGAGAGAGUGUGGAGGAGACAGUGAUGAUGGAAUACGAUGAAGAAACCAAUCAAUUCGACGUGGAAUUCUGUCCCGUUGAGCAUCCGGUUGAACCGGAAGAAGAAGAUCGUCCGGUUAAAUGUCCCGUACCAAUCUCAUCUUCUCUCAUUCACAAAUCAACGGAGAAAUCUAAACCGGGUUGGGUAAAACACAGAGCUAGCUACGAAACCCCACCGCCACGUCAUCAUGUCCGUAACGUACGUAAGAGACACAACUCGUUCGACGUGGAAGGGAACAACAACUUCUUCACGAGAUCUCAUGAUGACGAAACCACAUCUCGAAGAUCUAAUGUCACCAUCUACCGAGUUCUUCAACAAGUUCACGAGUUCGAGCCGUGAAAAUGUCAAAUCUCUUUGAGAUGUUUUUUUUUAAGCCGGCGAUUUGAUUUGAAGUUUAUGUUGGGUUAAGGUAGUAGUAGUUCGAUGUAGUACCAAAGUUUCGGUAUACUUGUUAUAUUGUUAUUCGGUGAGAACCGGUCCGGUCAGAUUCGGUUAACAGCUUAGAAAAUGAUGCUAUAAUAUCUAGUUUUCUUAUGAGUGCAUGGCCAUUUUCAGUAUAAUCC